AUGUGCCUCCCACUUUGGACAACGGAAGAGGAAGUGUUCACUUGUUUCGCGUUCGAGUUCGCAAACAGCUACGGAUGGACGCCGCUACACGCAGCCUCUGUAAAAGGGCAUACCGAGGUGGUCAAGCUGCUUCUUGCGAACGGAGCUGAUGUCACUGUUGCGAGUAGCAACAGAUGGACGCCGCUAAACGCGGCUGCUCAUGGUGGACAUGUCGAUGUGGUCAAACUGCUUCUUGCAAGCGGGGGUGAUGUUACUAUUGCGAACAACAACGGAUGGACACCGCUACACGCAGCCUCUGUAAAAGGACAUAUUGACAUUGUCAAAUUACUUUCAGAGAAGGGAUCUCUCGCUGAUGUCAUGGAUGAUAAAGGACCAUCGCCAUUUUCUUAUGCAUGCACGAGGGGACACUUGGAAGUCGUUGAACACCUAUGGUCUCGUAACGUUGCGGCAACUACUACAGACCGCUAUGGUGCAACCCCGCUCUUUGCUGCUACAGGAAACGGCCAUGAGAAAGUUGUUGCAUAUCUACUUGCCAUGGGGUGUGACUACGGCAGUUUUGUUGGCGGUUUGGGUCGAACUUUACUGUGGUGGGCUGCAAAGAGUGGAAAUGCGAAAGUAAUCGAGGCCGUUGUUCAGCUUACUAAAAGCGAAGGCAUUCUAAGUCUGCGACGAGGACUUGGCCGUGGAGCCCAGAGCGACGCCGAUCGGUGA